AAUGCGAGACUCUCACUUCGACCGUUCGACGCUCGACAGACUGCGAAGGACGUACCUAAGAGGAGAAAAACACUCUCUUCUCUAGUCUUAUUUUUUCUCUGGUGAAAUUUUCCGGCCUUGCCACUGCUACCGCCGGCGAGUUUGAGAGUUUCGUAAGGCUUUCUGGCGGGAGAAGCUGUACGCACGAAUCUCUUCUUUGGCUUCUUCGUCUCAGGGUACUGUUUUUGGUUUUUCUCUUGUCCUCUGUUCUUGUCAUGAGCCUCCAGUGAGAAAUACAGAGAUUUUGCUUCUCCUUUCUUAGCGAUAGACACGGAGAGUCUUGGCAUCCGAGGCUCCGCGAUGGAUAACAUCAAAUUUCCAUUCAGAGGGAUUAUUAAAGAUGUAAAAGGAAGGACACCAUGCUAUAAGCAAGAUUGGAUUAGURGACUUCGUUCAGGCGUCAGGAUAUUGGCUCCAAUUGCCUAUAUUUUCUUCGCUUCGGCUCUUCCAGUUAUUGCCUUUGGGGAGCAAUUGAGUAGAGAAACAGAUGGAAGCUUGACCACGGUAGAAACUUUAGCUUCUACUGCUAUUUGUGGUAUCAUACACUCAAUAUUUGGUGGACAGCCCUUAUUGAUACUUGGAGUUGCAGAGCCCACUGUUAUAAUGUACACUUAUUUGUACAAUUUUACCAAAGGAAGGGAAGAUUUGGGAAAAGAACUGUACUUGGCUUGGGCAGGAUGGGUUUGCAUCUGGACAGCACUUAUGUUGUUUCUUCUAGCCAUAUUCAAUGCUUGCACUGUUAUCACUAGAUUUACGAGGAUUGCAGGGGAGCUUUUUGGCAUGUUAAUUGCUGUUCUUUUCAUCCAAGAGGCUAUCAAGGGAGUGGUGAGUGAAUUCAAGAUACCCAAAGCUGAAGACCCAAAGGAAGAAAAGUACCAGUUCCAGUGGCUUUAUGCAAAUGGAUUACUGGGGCUCAUAUUCUCCUUUGGUUUACUCUAUACAGCUUUAAAAAGCAGGAGGGCAAGGUCAUGGCGAUAUGGCACAGGGUGGCUUAGAAGUUUCAUUGCGGACUAUGGUGUUCCUUUGAUGGUAUUGGUUUGGACGGCAUUAUCAUUCAGUGUACCAAGCAAAGUUCCUUCUGGAGUUCCUAGGAGGCUUUUUAGUCCUCUUCCUUGGGAUUCAGACUCAUUAUACCAUUGGACAGUAAUCAAGGAUAUGUGGAGGGUCCCUGUGGUAUACAUAUUUGCUGCGUUUAUUCCAGCUGUGAUGGUAGCAGGUCUUUAUUUUUUUGACCAUAGCGUUGCUUCCCAGAUGGCACAGCAAAAGGAUUUCAAUCUCAAGAACCCAUCUGCUUACCAUUAUGACAUCUUUUUGCUGGGGGUCAUGGUUUUAUUGUGUGGAUUGAUUGGAUUACCUCCUUCAAAUGGGGUCCUCCCACAAUCCCCUAUGCACACCAAGAGCCUUGCUGUUCUUAAGAGGCAGUUGCUUCGAAAGAAGAUGGUAGAGAGUGCUAAGGAAUGCAUCAAGCAACAAGCUAGCAACUCAGAAAUCUAUGGCAAGAUGCAAGCAGUGUUUAUAGAAAUGGAUGCAGCUCCAAAAACUGUGGUUACAAAAGAGCUCAAGGGAUUGAAGGAGGCAGUGAUGAGUGGUGAAAAUGAGGGUGGAGACAUGAAAAGAAAAUUUGAUCCUGAGAAGCACAUUGAUGAAUAUUUGCCUGUCCGUGUUAAUGAGCAGAGAGUGAGCAACCUUUUACAGUCUGCUCUCGUGGGUGCAUCUAUAUUUGCAAUGUCCAUAAUCAGGACAAUACCUACCUCAGUUCUCUGGGGAUACUUUGCUUACAUGGCCAUUGACAGCCUCCCCGGGAACCAAUUCUGGGAAAGGAUUCUUCUUCUUUUUGUUACACCUGGCCGGCGGUUUAAGGUUCUGGAGGGUGAUCACGCUUCUUUUGUGGAGUUAGUUCCCUUCAAAUACAUUGCUACGUUUACACUCUUCCAGUUUGUAUAUCUUCUGAUCUGUUUUGGAGUGACAUGGAUACCUAUAGCUGGAAUACUGUUUCCCUUACCUUUCUUCCUUCUCAUAAGCAUAAGACAGCACGUCCUCCCCAAGUUGUUUCAGCCAAGACACUUGUGGGAAUUGGAUGCUGCUGAGUAUGAGGAAAUUGCUGGUGCUCCUUGCCGCAGUCGCAGCCUCUCAUUUAAGGAAAUGAAAACUGAUCCUACGUGUGAGGAGAGUGGAGUAGAAAUGUGCGAUGCAGAGAUUCUGGAUGAGCUCACCACCAGCAGAGGGGAGCUGAAGCUUAGAACUGUGAGCUUCAGCGAGGAGAGAAGCUUCCAGGUUCACCCUGAGGAUCAAGCCACUCAAAACAGGCGAGAAAUGAGCUGAUGGCACAAGAAAAUUGGGGAUGCUGAUGAAACGAUGAUGUUUCUCAGUAAGGUUGAAUUAUUGGAAAAGUACAACCUUCUGUUGGGCAAUUCGCUAUAAAACCUAUAAAUGAUGAAAACUGAGGGCGGGAGCAAAAGAGCAUCAGAAUUGUUUUGGGGUAGCCCAAGGGUUCUUUAAUUAUAGAUCUUUUGGUUAAAUAGAGGAGAAAUAAAGUUGGGCUCUCUUUGUUUAUACUUUAUAGUGAAAUUUCAUUUGCAAUGGUACAAAUGUAUGGGAAUGCAAAUUAGAAAAUGUAAAUACUGGUUUACUUUUGCGUUGGGUUGUACUUUGCUUCAGGUCUUAUUUUACUUCAUCUGCAAUGCAAACAAACAAAAGAAAGCAAAUGCUUAGAUAUCAGAAUUUGCGGUGGGUAUUUGCAUUCCCAUGCUUUUGCACCAGUGCAAAUAAAAUUGAUUUGGAAACAAACCAGGGGGGAAAGCAAGAAAGAACAAAAGGACAGACAAAAUGUACAUGGGCGGGUCAAGGGGCUUGGAUGCAUAUGUACUUAUUGAAUACAAGUAUGGAUUAAUGGGUCUUUUAUUAUCUUUUGUUAUAUUAAUUAUUAGUCAUUAUUUAAUAUAAGAAUGUGAGAGUUCUCUCUUGCAUACCUUCUCUUA